AAAUCAUCAUUAGUCUUGCGUUUUGUCAAAGGACAGUUCCACGAAUAUCAAGAGUCAACAAUCGGUGCAGCCUUCCUGACUCAAACGGUUUGCCUUGAUGAUGCCACAGUAAAAUUUGAAAUUUGGGAUACAGCUGGUCAAGAACGAUAUCACUCUCUCGCACCAAUGUACUAUAGAGGUGCACAGGCCGCAAUUGUUGUUUACGAUAUAACGAAUCAGGCAAGC